UCCCUUUUGAUAACUUCUAAAAUCUCUGUAAAAAACAGAGCUUCAUUAAUGGCUGCCAACAAAUUCGCAACCAUGUUGCAUAAGAACACUAACAGAAUCACUCUUGUUCUUGUCUAUGUUUUACUAGAAUGGAUUCUGAUCGCUCUUCUCCUUUUGAAUUCCCUGUUUUCUUAUCUGGUUAUCAAGUUUGCUGAUUACUUUGGUCUUAAAAGGCCCUGCCUUUGGUGUUCUAGGAUUGAUCAUGUUUUUGAGCCAUCAAAGCACCGGAGUUCUUAUAGAGAUCUUGUGUGUGACGAGCAUGCCAAUGAGAUUUCUAAACUGGGUUUUUGCUCUAAUCACCGGAGACUAUCUGAAUCUCGAGAUAUGUGCGCGGCUUGCUUGUCCUCGUCGCCGCCGGAAGUGGAAAAUGGUGAUGAGAAUUUGAAGUGUUCUUGUUGCGCCAUCGUUUUGGAGAAAAAGCGGAAUCUUCCUUACGUAAUUGCUGAAGCAGGAGAAAAAGUCGAUGCUUCGGAUGGAAUCAGAUCAAAUUUUGUGGCUGCUGAUCAAGAACAUGAACAGAGGAUUGAAGAAAACAAGGGCGUAUGCAUCACUUCAGAUGGUGAUGAAGAGAUAAAACUGGAAAGAGAUGAUUUUUCAUGUUUUAUUUCCUGUUUUGAAUGCAGCCAAGUGGCUGCUAAUGGAGGCGAUGUGGUUUUGGAGGAAGAUCAACAAGUAUCAGUUGAAGAAGGAGACUUGGUUUUGUCAAUGGAUGACCAUGAGUUGACUCAAGUGAGUCAACUCGCUUGCACCAAAGAGGAAUCUCCUGAGAUUCUAGGCAAGCAUCUGGAGUUCUACAUAGAAGGGGAUGACUGUCAUUUGAUUCCAGUUGAAUCAAUGGAGUCCAAUCAGAAGGAAGAAGAAGAUGGUGUUCAAUCAAAUGCAGCAACAAUAGAAGGGGAAAUCAAUGUAGAUGUUAAUCAAGCAAAUGAACCAGUUGAAGAUAUUGAACCCUCCAAGGAUGCUGAGGAAGAUAAAGUUCCCGAUAUACUGACUUCCGUCGACGGUUUCCACUCGUUGCAAAAUAAAUUGCUGUUGCUUGACAGAAGAGAGUCCGGAACCGAAGAUUCGUUGGACGGAAGUGUUUUCGGUGACAUUGAGACUGUUGAUGUGGUACCAACUGUUGACAAGUUGAAAUCGGCUUUGAAAACCAAACGGAAGGCCUUAAAUGCUUUGUAUAGGGAGCUCGAGGAAGAGCGGAGUGCUUCUGCAGUGGCUGCGAGCCAGACGAUGGCGAUGAUAAAUAGGCUUCAAGAAGAGAAAGCAGCAAUGCAGAUGGAAGCGUUGCAGUAUCAGAGGAUGAUGGAAGAACAAUCCGAGUAUGACCAGGAAGCCUUGCAGAUUCUCAAUAAGCUUGUGGUCAAGCGGGAGAGGGAGAAGGUGGAGCUCGAAAAGCAACUCGACGUAUAUCGAAGGAAGGUGUUCGAUUACGAGGCUAAAGGGAGAAUGAUAAUGUCGAGAAGAAGGAAAGAUGACAGCAUUCGGAGUGCAAGUUCUGCGUCUUGCAGCAAUGCUGAGGACAGUGAUGGUGUAUCGGUCGAUUUAAAUAAUGUAUCGAAGGAAGAAGAUAGCUCCGAAAACCGUCAAAUUCGAGAGGAUGUUAACCCGAAUACCCCUGCUGAUGCAGUCUUGUACUUGGAGGAGUCAUUGGCUAGCUUCGAGGAAGAGAGGCUAUCCAUUCUAGAGCAGCUCAAGGUCUUGGAAGAAAGAUUGAUCUCAUUGAAUGAUGAAGAGGCUGAACAACAUUUCGAGUACUUGUACGAAGAGAAUGGCAAUGGCUUCCACGAGACUCCCCAUUUUGGCCACGGAACGGAUGGUGUUACGGAUGUUCAUUUCGAGGGAGUGAACGGGAAACAUCACCAAGACAAAACAAAUCCCAUGGCUACAAUGGCAAAGAGCCUUCUCCCGCUUUUUGAUGCCACUGAUGCGGACAUCAAAGAUUCGAUAUCGAAUGGACACGAAAACGGCUUCCAUUCUGCAGCCUUUAGACAGUCCUUGCCUGAACUCGAGAGCAAAAAGCUCGCAAUCGAGGAAGAAGUGGAUCACGUUUACGAGAGACUACAAGCACUUGAGGCAGAUAGAGAGUUCAUAAAACAUUGCAUCAGCUCAUCGAGGAAAGGAGAUAAAGGUGUCCAUCUUCUUCAAGAGAUUCUACAACAUCUCCGCGAUUUGAGGAGUGUCGAACUUCGAGCAAGGAGUAUCGAAAAUGUCACCACAUAGCUCGCAUCAUCGGAACACACUCAGAAAAACCAAUCGAAUGUUCAAUUGGAGUUCCUUAACCACUCCAAAUCUAGUACUAUGAAAAGGAAGGGAACCAAAAACACCGACUCCGGCAAUGAAUCGACAAUAUCUUCAACGAUCGGUAAGUCUUGAAGUGGUAGACCGG